AUGGCGGCCGCUGUGCUCACCUCGGUUCAAGAUGUUCAGGACCAUGCCUUGACGAUGGCUUCAGGCGAAGAUAAGCUCCUGGGCAAGAUAUCAGAGAUCGAGAAAUCUCUAGCCGCGCUAUCCACGCAGCACAUCCAACUGGUCGAUUUGAAGAAAUCAAUAUGGGAGGAGCUUCACCUACUACGCGCCAGUAGGGCCCGCGCUCACAAACAUGGGGCCGUUCAUCCUUACCCAAGUUUGCCCAUGGUGGAGCAUGCAUCAAUGGCGGUAAAUCGGGGGGAACAUAGAUCUGUGUUUUUAGUGAUGACUUGCAAUAGGGAAAACACAGGUGCCCUGUAUGAAGUUAAAUUCAAAUACGGGGGAGAAGUUGAUGAUAUGGGCGGAGGAGCAACACUUGAACCUGUAGACAAGUUCAGCCGUUUUAAAACAGGUGCAAGGAUUUUCAACCGCUCCCAACUAUAUAUAUUUACAGAGGAUGGUUGCGAUAAACUUUGCCUCAGGUCAUUUGAUACCAAAACUAGGAAAUUAGAUCCCUUCAUAACUACUACCUUAGAGUUUAAGCCGAGUAGAACAGUUGUGUCUGCUUAUGACAGACUCUAUUUUCUUGAAAAUGCAUCGCCCUUCAAAGCAGAUCCACUUCCAUCCUUUGCGAAAUACAAUCCUGAUAAGAAAAAUUGGGAGCGAAUGCCUGAGUUUCCAUUCCGUUAUCCUUUUCCUAGGAGGGUAACUGGUUAUGCUGUUUGUCAUGGCAUUAUUUUGUAUACAUUGUUUGACGGACUCAAAAGCUUCAAUGUGGUUGCUUUUCACGUGGGUAAAGAGAUUUGGAAUAAAGUGGAAGUUGACACUCAUGAUUAUACUCCUUUCCGAGGGAGGGCCGUGGUUGUAGGCGAGACCAUCUACGCCAUGAAUCUGUUUGAGGUGGAUGAGAUUAUAGCAUUCGCCUUGAAGAUGAACAAACGCGACGACGGUAGUAUUGCAUACUCACUAAUCAAGCUGUGUAAAUUGGAUGGCUUGAAGAUUGCAUCUCCGCCAUGUCCAUUUGAGGGGCUUAAGAAUGACUAUUUGGUUCAUUUGGGGAACCAUGACUUCUUUCAUGUUACGACGGGCAAUAAUUUUGAAUUUUACAAGGUUCAACAUCUUUGCAUCACCACGUUUCAAAUAUUUGUUCGAGAAGACGGAAGACAUAUGAUCGAGACCUUACAUUCAACAGUUCUUACAAUGGAUAUCGAGGCUUGUGGUCCGUUGAUGGUCACGUUCGGCUUCACACCAGAGUGUGGGGAUUAUGAACCCAUAGAAGGGGAGGAUGCAGCUAGCAUGGAGCAUCCAAAACAAGAAGACGAAACCACUAUGGAUGUGAAUUCUUUGAUGUGGGAGAGAAACCAAGGAGGAAAUAGCGCACAUGCAGCAUGA